AUGACUUCAAGCGUAUCAAUGAUAGUCGACAGUCCAGAUACGCAGCAUUCGGCCGAUGCACCUCUGCGUGUCACUGAUCUUAUGCAACCUUACACGUCUACGGAAUCUCGUGGUCAAAGAACGUUAUUGCCUACCAACACAUUAAACGGAUUUAUGUCUGUUCACUUCAAUAAUGAACUUGGAUUAAAUGACGAUGGCUUUUUUAACACUGAUGAAGCUUUCAUUCAAUUUGCACAAACAUUUUCGCUAAUUCAUCAACAAGUUGAUUUACAAAAAGCUCCGGAAUAUUAUGAAGAAUUAUCUCGCAAUGAACCAGUGAAAAGUUUUCCUAUCGAUUUAACCCAAUUUCGUCUCUGGGAAGCUGAACGAAAUACUUGGAACUUAAUAAAGCAAUUGCAAUUAUCAACGCAUCCAACGGAGGUUAAUAUACCUGAAAAACUUUAUCAAACGGAUGGUGCACUUCAAUGUGAACUUCUUGCGAGAAAUUUGAGCUUUGCUGAAGCCUGGAUAGUACGCCAGUGGUUGCAAAAUACUGCUCUUCAGUUCUUACCUGUUGAAACAAACCCCGAGUAUUGGUCGGAUACAAAAACACAUAUUUUGUUUAAAUCAAAGAAGCUGAAUUCCCAAUAUCUAGACCCUGAUGGUCCGUACAGGACUGGAAAUGCUCUGCAGCCACAAGAUCAGAUUCAUGAUAAUGAAUUGGCAAAAUCAAUAUAUGAAUAUUUACGACGAGGACAACUAGACGCUGCUUGUGAAAUCAGUAAAAAAAAUGGUCAAUCUUGGCGGGCUGCUAGUAUAAGCGGAUAUAUUGUUAAUGGAGAAAAGACUGAUGAUGGCAGUGACGUUGAUUCAAUGAUUAAGAGCUCGGGUAAUAUCAAUAGACAUUUAUGGCGUGCUACCUGUUAUCAAUUGGCUCAGGAGGCCGGAUUUGAUUUAUAUGAUAGAGCAACUUAUGCUGUGCUUUGCGGCGAUGUAGAUAACGUUUUUCCUGUGUGUAGAUCUUGGGAAGAUUACAUAUGGGCAUACUUUAAUGGAUUAAUUGAGUGUCGACUUGAGCAGUAUUUUAGCCAGCGAGGUCAACUCAGAGAAUUGGGAGACGCCGAUUUACCAGUUCCAACACAACUUUUGAGUCUCACACCAGAGGAUAUAUUCCGUAAAGUUGAUGCCCGUCAAAUAGACAGGGAUCCUCUAAUGGCACUUUUUCAUAAGAUUCAAAAGCUCUUUAUUUUAAAUAAACUGGAUGAAAUUAUUAAUUGUUUGAAGGAAGAGUUGCUUGAUAAACAGCUAAGUUAUUAUGACAAUACUGCUUAUUCUCAUAUUCUACGCUUCGCAGCCCACUUUGUGUUAUUUUUACGUGAUAUUAUGCAUCCAACACCAGAUAAGGAGUCAGAUGAUUUGAUUAAGACUUACACCGAACUAUUAAUUGAUUUCAAGCAGGAUUCCAUAAUUGCUUUAUAUGCUUCAAAAUUACCUAGAGAAAUGUCAAUUGAAACCUAUGCAUUGUUUUUGAAAAGUAAUUACAAUUUAGCAAAAUUAAAACCUCUCCAAGUUUCAUCAACAAAUAUAUGUAUUAAUUUCUUAAAUCAUUCAUAUUUAGAUAUAACUGGAAGUUAUGAUGAACGAUUUAAGUUUUAUAGUUUAGCUGAACAACAUAGUUUAAAUGUUACAGCAAUAGCUAGAAGAACAUCCGAUUUGAUAUUAGAAGAAUAUUUGAAGAACGAGAGAUAUCCAAAUUCAGAUUCUUCCUCUCCAAGAAUUGCAUCUCCCAAUGAGCCAGUUGAUUCUAAGGAUAUAGUACUUAUUCGUGGAUUAGAGUGGUUGACAUUCAAUAAGGACCAAGUAGUUGAAGCCAUGGAUCGUGCUAAUGCUUUGUUUAGACGAUUCUUAGUUUGUGGGAAAUUGAAUGCGGUGAAUACUCUUCUGAGCUCAAUGGCUAACCCUAAGUCGCCUUUAGCAAGUUAUAAUUUUGAUCAGGAAGCGGAAGGUCAUGAUUUAACGGUGGUUCUUGAAUAUUCUUUUUACCGUACCAUGUUUAAUUUUUUUACCAAAGAUGAAGAUUGGGUAAAAAUAUGGACAGAAAAACCUCAAAGUCAAACAUCGUUCCCUCGAAAUAGUAGUGAAUGGACUUUGCGCAUUAAAGAAACCACAGAUGCUUUAGAUCAACUUUUUGAUCAAUUUUUAAAUGCUUAUAUAACCAAUUCUGAGUCUGAAGAGGAUAAAAUUAUUACAGAAGAAGAGGAAAGAAGGAUACAAGAAUUGCAACGAGUGUCUGAUAUCUAUAUUCCAGAAGUUAUUACUCAUAAAAGCCUUCAACUAGCCGAUCUAGUAGCUGAUGAAAGUCGUCAUCUCUAUGUGCAUUUCCGGCGUUCAAAGAGACUAUCUCUAUUUUUAAAGAUGUUACGUAACUCUUACCUCGAGAUCACAAGAGAAAAUCCAGACGACAUUAUUGUUUAUUAA